CCGAGAUGGGCGGCCUAGAGGGAUUGUGGACACCUGCGCUCGGUUCUGCAUGAUCUUUGAGAGAACCACUUCUAGGGGUUAUGAGGGAAAGGCUUUUAAGGUUCUUGCUUUUCCAAAGUGGGAGGAGUGCACAGAGCCAGGGGACAUCAGCCAUGCUCCAAACCACUUGGCCUCAGGGGCCGGUGACCUUUGAAGACGUGGCCGUGUACUUCACUCAGAACCAAUGGGCCAGUCUGGACUCUGCGCAGAGGGCCCUGUACAGGGAGGUGAUGCUGGAGAAUUACGCAAACGUGGCUUCCCUCGUGUCUCCAUUCCCCAGACCUGAUCUGAUCUCCCAGCUGGAGAGAGGGGAAGCUCCUUGGGACCCCGAUCGCUGGGAAACAGAGGAUUUGAGAGGCAUCUGUCCAGGUGGUGAGAGGGGCAUCAAGACAGAAGAGCCAGCGGUAGAGCAGCAAGCCUCCGAGGGCACAGAGGCCCACGGCAGGCCCGUGGGAGGGCCUCUCACGAACGGGUCUCAGCACUUGGAUUUUGAAAGCAAGGCAGUGUGGCAGACUAUCAAUCUAAACCCCAAUCUGAUACUUCGAGGUGGCAUGAAGUUCUACAAAUGCAAAGAAUGUGGGAAGAUCUUCCGAUAUAACUCAAAGCUCCUUCGGCAUCAGAGGAGCCACACUGGGGAAAAGCCCUUCAAGUGCAAGGAGUGUGGCAAAGCUUUCAAGUCCAGCUACGACUGUAUCGUACAUGAGAAAAAUCACAUUGGUCAAGGACCCUAUGAAUGUAAGGAGUGUGGCAAAGGUCUGAGUUCCAACACUGCCUUGACCCAGCAUCAGAGGAUCCACACGGGGGAGAAGCCAUACGCAUGUAAGGAGUGUGGCAAGGCUUUCCGCCGGAGCGCCGCCUACCUGCAGCACCAGAGGCUGCACACUGGGGAGAAGCUCUAUAAAUGUAAGGAGUGUUGGAAAGGUUUUGGGUGUAGGUCACUUUUUAUCGUCCACCAGCGCAUCCACACUGGGGAGAAACCCUACCAGUGUAAGGAGUGUGGGAAGGCAUUCAGCCAGAAGAUUGCCUCCAUUCAGCAUCAGAGAGUUCACACCGGAGAGAAGCCCUAUGAGUGUAAGGUGUGUGGGAAAGCCUUCAAGUGGUACAGCAGCUUUGUUCAGCAUCAGAAAGUGCACCCUGUGGAGAAGAGGCCCAGCAAGGCUUUCGGGCCGCCCCUGCUGCGUCCCCAGGGCCCCUCUGCAUCCUUGGCUCCCGGGUGUCUCCCGGGCCCGGGCUCUGGUCCUGCUGUGGCCGUUGCCUUGCCACGUGCCAUCCUUAUUCCUGCCUCUGGGCCCGUGUUCAUGCUGCUGCCCACCUCUGGGGUUCUUUCUUCCCCUGUCCAAGUAGUUCGUGUCUUCCAGGGUCUUCCUCCUGCUGUGAAGCCUUCCCCAGUUAUUCUGACCCCUUCUCCUCACCCCCCGUGA